GCAGGAACAAAAUGGCGUUCUCUCUUUUUACACUGGAUACCUCCAAGUGGCAUUAUACAACGUUGAUUCGUAGUUCAACCACAACGUUACGAUGUCGGGAGGAUUAGAUGUAUUAGCUCUUAAAGAGGAAGAUGUAACCAAAAUGUUGGCUGCAUGUACCCAUUUGGGAAGUGAAAAUGUUAACUUCCAAAUGGAACAGUAUGUCUACAAACGACGAGUUGAUGGAGCCGGAGUGACUGUUAUUAACUUACGUCGUACCUGGGAAAAACUUCUCCUAGCUGCCCGAGCUAUUGUAGCAAUUGAACAUCCUAGUGAAGUUUUCGUUAUCAGUUCUCGAUUCCAUGGACAAAGAGCUGUUUUGAAAUUCGCAGCUCAUACUGGCGCUACUCCAAUUGCUGGAAGAUUUACUCCUGGAGCAUUUACUAAUCAAAUUCAAGCUGCUUUCCGUGAACCACGUUUAUUGGUAGUUACUGACCCAGCAGCUGAUCAUCAACCCAUCACUGAAGCCAGUUAUGUCAACAUUCCUGUUAUCGCUUUCUGUAAUACAGAUUCACCAUUGCGGUUUGUUGAUAUUGCAAUUCCUUGCAAUAUUAAGAGCAUUCAUAGCAUUGGUUUAAUGUGGUGGCUGUUAGCACGUGAGGUCCUUCGUCUUCGUGGAUCUAUUCCACGUGAAGUUAAAUGGGAUGUUGUUGUUGACUUAUUCUUCUGGAGAGAUCCUGAAGAGGCUGAAAAAGAAGAACAAGCAGCGAAAGAAAUCGCUCCAGCUCCUAAAGACUUUGUUGCUGCUGAUGCUACAGCUGAUGGUGGAUGGGGCAAUGAAGUCGACAACGUCAAUUCUGCUCCAGAAAACUGGGCAGAUGAUGUUCCAACAGCUCCCAAUGUACCAGUAGCAGGAGCUCCUGUUGCAUUUGCUGCAUCAGGUGAUUGGGCUACUCAAGUCCAGGAUGAAUGGUCAGCAAAUAACCAACAAGCACCUGCUACACAAAACUGGGGAGGAUCUGCUGCUGAUAAGUGGACGUAAAAUGAAUUGAACUAUUGUCAAGACUACACUUAUUACAGUGAUUGUAUUUAAGUGGUACAAAAUAAAACAUUGAAUACAAAUUUUAAUAAAA